AUGGCGGGCGCCAGGCCCGGCGUCCACGCGCUGCAGCUGGAGCCGCCCACCGUCGUGGAGACCCUGCGGCGCGGGAGUAAGUUCAUCAAAUGGGACGAGGAGGCCUCCAGUCGGAACUUGGUAACCCUGCGUGUGGACUCCAAUGGCUUCUUCCUGUACUGGACGGGACCCAACAUGGAGGUGGACACACUGGACAUCAGCUCCAUCAGAGACACCAGGACGGGCCGCUACGCCCGCCUGCCCAAGGACCCCAAGAUCCGGGAGGUGUUGGGCUUUGGGGUCCCUGAUGCCCGGUUGGAGGAGAAGCUGAUGACAGUGGUGGCCGGGCCAGACCCGGUGAAUACAACAUUCUUGAACUUCAUGGCCGUGCAGGAUGAUACAGCAAAGGUCUGGUCCGAGGAGCUCUUCAAGUUGGCUAUGAACAUCCUGGCUCAGAACGCCUCCCGGAACACCUUCUUGCGCAAAGCAUACACGAAGCUGAAGCUGCAGGUGAACCAGGAUGGACGGAUUCCAGUCAAGAACAUCCUGAAGAUGUUCUCAGCAGACAAGAAACGGGUAGAAACUGCGCUGGAAUCCUGUGGCCUCAAUUUCAACCGAAGCGAGUCCAUCCGGCCUGACGAGUUUUCCUUGGAAAUUUUCGAGCGGUUCCUGAACAAGCUGUGUCUGCGACCGGACAUUGACAAGAUCCUGCUGGAGAUAGGUGCCAAGGGCAAACCUUACCUGACGCUGGAGCAGCUCAUGGAUUUCAUCAACCAGAAGCAGCGGGACCCGCGGCUCAAUGAAGUGCUGUACCCACCCCUGCGGCCCUCCCAGGCCCGGCUGCUCAUCGAGAAGUAUGAGCCCAACAAGCAGUUCCUGGAGCGAGGUGAGCCAGCACGGGAGUUGGGGGCGAGGCGGGAGGGCCCCCCCGAUCCUACUGACCCCACCUGCCCCCCAGACCAGAUGUCCAUGGAGGGCUUCAGCCGCUACCUGGGAGGUGAGGAGAACGGCAUCCUGCCGCUUGAGGCCUUGGAUCUGAGCGCAGACAUGACCCAGCCGCUCAGCGCCUACUUCAUCAAUUCCUCGCACAACACCUAUCUCACGGCGGGGCAGCUGGCCGGAACCUCGUCGGUGGAGAUGUACCGGCAGGCGCUGUUGUGGGGCUGCCGCUGCGUGGAGCUGGACGUGUGGAAGGGGCGGCCGCCCGAGGAGGAGCCGUUCAUCACCCACGGCUUCACCAUGACCACGGAGGUGCCACUGAGAGAUGUGCUCGAGGCCAUUGCGGAGACCGCCUUCAAGACCUCGCCCUACCCUGUCAUCCUCUCCUUUGAGAACCAUGUGGACUCGGCGAAACAGCAGGCUAAGAUGGCCGAGUACUGCCGCUCCAUCUUUGGGGACGCGCUGCUCAUCGACCCCUUAGACAAGUACCCGCUGGCCCCGGGCGUCCCCCUGCCCAGCCCCGAGGACCUGAUGGGCCGCAUCCUGGUGAAGAACAAGAAGCGGCACCGACUGGGUAGCGGUGUCCCCGAUAGCUCCGUGCGCAAGCGGCCACUGGAACAGAGCAACUCGGCCCUGAGCGAGAGCUCCGCCACCACCGAGCCCUCCUCGCCCCAGCUCGGGUCCCCCAGCUCUGACAGCUGCCCAGGCCUGAGCAACGGGGAGGAGGCGGGCCUCGAGAAGCCCAGCCUGGAGCCUCGGAAAUCUCUGGGGGAGGAGGGUUUGCAGCGGGGCCCUGAUGCUCUUGGACCUGCCUACCGGGAGGAUGAGGAAGAGGAUGAGGAAGAGGAGGAACAGACGGACCCCAAAAAGCCGACCACGGAUGAGGGCACCGCCAGCAGUGAGGUCAACGCCACUGAGGAAAUGUCCACACUCGUCAACUACAUCGAGCCUGUCAAGUUCAAGUCCUUCGAGGCUGCUCGAAAGAGGAACAAGUGCUUCGAGAUGUCAUCCUUCGUGGAGACCAAGGCCAUGGAGCAACUGACCAAGAGCCCCAUGGAGUUUGUGGAGUACAACAAGCAGCAGCUCAGCCGCAUCUACCCGAAGGGCACGCGCGUGGACUCGUCCAACUACAUGCCCCAGCUCUUCUGGAACGUGGGCUGCCAGCUCGUUGCACUCAACUUCCAGACCCUGGAUGUGCCGAUGCAGCUCAAUGCAGGUGUGUUCGAGUACAAUGGGCGCAGUGGCUACCUACUCAAGCCUGAGUUCAUGCGGCGGCCAGACAAGUCCUUUGACCCCUUCACCGAAGUCAUCGUGGAUGGCAUUGUGGCCAAUGCCGUGCGGGUCAAGGUGAUCUCGGGGCAGUUCCUGUCCGACAGGAAGGUGGGCAUCUACGUGGAGGUGGACAUGUUCGGGCUCCCCGUUGAUACGCGGCGCAAGUACCGCACACGGACCUCACAGGGGAACUCGUUCAACCCCGUGUGGGAUGAGGAGCCCUUCGACUUCCCCAAGGUGGUGCUGCCCACGCUGGCUUCGCUGCGCAUCGCGGCCUUUGAGGAGGGGGGCAAGUUCGUGGGGCAUCGGAUCCUGCCUGUCUCCGCCAUCCGCUCAGGGUACCACUACAUCUGCCUGCGGAACGAGGCCAACCAGCCGCUGUGUCUGCCAGCCCUGCUCAUCUACACCGAGGCCUCCGACUACAUCCCCGACGACCACCAGGACUAUGCAGAGGCCCUGAUCAACCCUAUCAAGCAUGUCAGCCUGAUGGACCAGAGGGCCAAGCAGCUGGCCGCCCUCAUUGGGGAGAGCGAGGCUCAGGCUGGCCCGGAGACAAGCCAGGAGACCCAGUCUCAGCAGCUGGGGUACCAACUGAACCCAAACCCCACGCCCAGCCCACUGGACGCCUCCCCGCGUCGGCCCCCAGGCCCAGCCACCUCCCCCACCAGCUCCUCCAUCAGCUCCUCCAUCAGCAGCCCAGGUAAGGGGUGGCCUGGGGGUAGGCGGAGGGAGGGGAAUAGCUGUGCUUCUCCAGCUUCUCACAGCCAGCCCUGCCUCUGCUUUCCAGGUCAGCGUGAUGAUCUCAUCGCCAGCAUCCUCUCAGAGGUGGCUCCGGCCCCGCUGGACGAGCUCCGAGGCCACAAGGCCCUGGUGAAGCUCCGGAGCCGGCAAGAGCGAGACUUCCGGGAGCUGUACAAGAAACAUCAGCGGAAGGCCGUUGCCCUCACGCGCCGGUUGCUCGACAACCUGGCCCAGGCCCGCGCGGGGAGCAGGUGCCGACAGCGGCCCAGUGUCCUAAGCGGGGAGGAUGAGAGGGCAGAAGAGGAAGAGGUGAGCAGGUAUCAAGAGUUCCAGAAGAAACAGGUGCAGUGUCUGCUAGAGCUGAGGGAGGCCCAGGCGGACACAGAGGCGGAGCGGAGGCUGGAGCACCUGCAGCAGGCUCAGCUGAAGCUCAGGGAGGUUGUCCUGGACGCUCACAUGACUCAGUUGAAGAAACUGAAGGAGAUAAACGAGAGGGAGAAGAAGGAACUACAGAAGAUCCUGGACAGGAAACGCCAUAACAGUAUCUCAGAGGCCAAGACCAGGGAGAAACAUAAGAAGGAGGCGGAACUGACAGAGAUUAACCGUCGGCACAUCACUGAGUCGGUCAACUCCAUCCGUCGGCUGGAGGAGGCCCAGAAGCAGCGGCAGGAACGCCUUGUGGCUGGGCAGCAGCAGAUCCUCCAACAGCUGGCGGAAGAGGAGCCCAAGCUGCUGGCCCAGCUGGUCCAGGAGUGUCAGGAGCAGCGGGAGAGGCUGCCCCAGGAGAUCCGCUGGAGCCUGCUGGGCGAGACACAGGAGGGACUGGGGGACGGGCAUCUGGUCGCCUGUGCCAGCAACGGUCACGCGCCUGGGAGCAGCGGGCACCUGCCUGGUGCUGACUCAGAGAGCCAGGAGGAGACUACAAAGCUCUGA